CGGCCGUGGCGAAGAUGGCGACCGCCAUGUACUUGGAGCACUACCUGGACAGCAUUGAGAACCUUCCCUGUGAGCUGCAGAGGAACUUCCAGUUGAUGCGGGAGCUGGACCAGCGGACUGAAGAUAAGAAGGCGGAGAUCGACCUGCUGGCCGCAGAGUACAUCUCCACGGUGAAGGCUUUGUCCGCUGAGCAGCGUGUGGAGCACCUGCAGAAGAUCCAGAGUGCCUACAGCAAGUGCAGGGAGUACAGUGACGACAAGGUGCAGCUGGCCAUGCAGACCUACGAGAUGGUGGAUAAGCACAUCCGGAGGCUGGAUGCCGACCUGGCCCGCUUUGAAGCCGAUCUCAAGGACAAGAUGGAAGGCAGUGACUUUGAGAGUCCAGGGACACGAGGCUUAAAAAAAGGUCGUGGUCAGAAAGAAAAAAGAGGAUCUCGGGGCCGUGGCCGUAGGACCUCGGAAGAAGACACCCCGAAGAAGAAGAAACACAAAGGAGGGUCUGAGUUCUCUGACACGCUCCUCUCUGUGCACCCCUCGGACGUGCUGGACAUGCCCGUGGACCCCAACGAACCCACCUACUGCCUGUGCCACCAGGUGUCCUACGGGGAGAUGAUUGGCUGCGAUAACCCGGACUGCCCAAUUGAAUGGUUUCACUUCGCCUGUGUGGACCUGACCACGAAGCCCAAAGGAAAAUGGUUCUGUCCGAGGUGUGUUCAGGAAAGGAGGAAGAAGAAAUAAGGAGGAGACAGCGUGUUUCCUGCAUUGAAGAGCAAGUUAAUAUAUUCCUUCCCUUUUUGUUGCAAUAUCUCACCUUCAUGUUAAACUACCUUUUUUUCAGAUGAUACUUAGUGAUUCAGUGGCUAGUUGUAAUUCUGGAAAUUCUCUAGAACAAACACAAGCCCAUGUGAUCCCUGUCUGCACCAUGUAGCUCUCCCGGGUCUCCUGAUAUCCAAUCUGGCCUGCUGCCAUUCUUUGCAGGAACUGGGAGCCUGAAGGGGCUCGGUGCUUCCCAGACCACACCUGCCUAUGUGUGCAGUGGCAUCAGUACCCAACCACUGUCUGCUCGGUCUCCAGAGGCACCGGACACUGCUCUCCAGGGCUGCUUGGCCUCCUCUACCUUCCCUAGAAUUCAGGAUGGGCUCCGAGUGUGUCUCCUGCUCAGAGCAUCUGCACUUGGCCCCUCUGCACAGGGCAGUACAGGGUGGGCUUCAUGAGCUUGUGAGAGACAUUGGGCUGUUGUGCCCAGAGGAUUCCUGGACUCG